UCGGACGGCCCGAGAGGUUUCCAGGGAACACUGAGUUGGCGGGGAAGCGGCUGGGGGAGGGCGGGAUGAAGCCGAGGUGAAGAAGCCAUUAAGUCCUCCCGACGCCUCCCUCCCACCCCCACCUUCCCUUGGAGGAAAGCUUCUAGGCCAUGGAGCAAGGCUGGGCCCUGCUCCCUUCGGUGUUCCUGUACCUUGCUGGAGGAGUAGGAGAGCAGCUUUCUGUCCCAGAAAUCAAAAACUACAUUUAUGGCAGCACAGGACACCCAGUGAAAAUCUAUGUAAAAAUGCAUGAAAAUAGUCCAUUUCUUAUCUGCAUGGAUAUGGAGCUUUCUCAAACAGAAAUAGUAGACCCCAUAACUUUGUGGAUGGGACCAAAUAGAAAGCAUUUGAAAGAGGAAAAUCAUAUAAACCUAACUUCAACAGGAAAGCUAAUGAUUAUAAAUUUUCAAGAAUCUGUGUCUGGAUCUUAUAUAUGUAUUCUUACUUAUAAAAUCAUCAGCGAAGAAACACAAAAAGAACAAGAGCUAUAUAACAUAUACAUUUAUGUCAUUUUCAUAUACCAGGAAUCUGAUUAUGUAUAUCAGAUGACUGUAUGAUUUACCACAGAUUCUUGUAAUGAAAAAAAUUCUCAGUUCUUCAAAUUACUGAUGAGGAUCUUAAAUAAAGUUAUCUUUGAUUUGACAUGCCACAUUGAAGAACUAUCACAUAAAUGCCAUUUCCUUGAAAUUCCAAAACAUGGCCUCAAGGAUGAAUUAUUUAUAGCCUUUCAAGUAAGAUCUUUUCCACCAGAGUGGAAAGCAGCUUGCAGAAAACUUGUUGACUGUGAAGAAAUCACUAACAGUAAAGUUCACCAGGCAAGAGAUCACAUAGAAGAAUUCUUUCUUAAACAUAUUCUGAAACAUGAACUUUACUAUAUACCAAACAUCCGUUAUGUUGACCACAGCUCUAAAGUUAUACGCAUUGAUAGCUGUCAACCAGGCUUUGGGAAAAAUGAUAUUCUACACGGUGACUGUGUUAGCUGCUGCGUGGUUUGUUAUCCAAGAAUAUAUAGUCCUGACACUGAUGUAACUUGUCUAGCCUGCUUACCCAUCCACAGCUAUGGAGCUAAAACUUGCCCGUAAACCAAAAUCUAAAACUGGAAAAUUGGAAGAUAUAAGGUGAAAACAUCAUUACUUGGUUAGUAGAGGGGAAGAGAGGAUGUGGAAAGAAAGUAAGGUCAUCUGUUCACAUCAGAUUUCACCAUAGCUACUGUUAGCCUUGAAUCUUUGAAAGAAACUAAUUCUGAAUGGUCCAAAAGAUGGCAAAUAUGCAUUUUCAGGGGCCAGAUGAUCUGAAUACCAUGAGAAUACAAAGAAAACCAGAAUUAGGAGGUUUUUGGUUUGUGCAAGUAAAGAGUCCAGCCACUGCUCUGUACUUUGCUUAAAAACAAAUGAAAAAUUAAACUAAGGGGCUGUAUAAAGUUCAAGAAAAGU